AUGGCUUCCAAGUGGGAUGAGCUCCUUGAGAGAAACCGAGUCUACGCGGAGACGAAGCAUCAGCCGAAGACGUUCUUGGGGGAAGGCCCUGUGGCAAUCCCCUCUGUCAUCAUAUUUGCGUGUCUCGACUUCCGCGCAUCUGUUGAGGAAUUUCUCGACCUGAAGCCGGAUGAAGCUUUAGUUAUUCGAAAUCUGGGCGGCCGUGUCAAGAGCGGGCUUCACGCGCUUCUAUUUCUUGAGGAAGUUACCAACAGCCAGGCCUUGAAAGAGGUCAUCAUUAUUCAUCAUACCAAUUGCGGAUGUUCUGUCAAUACGACCGAAGAUAUUUGCCAGAGUUUGAAAUCCAAAUACCCUCAGAUGGCCGAUGAAAUCGACCAGUUCGACUUUGGAACCUACAAAGGCGGUGAUCUGGAGAACCAUAAUCGGGUAGUGCGGGAGGAUAUGAAGCUCUUGCAAGAUUCUCCCCUUGUUAGGGAGGACAUGAAGGCCCAUGUCCGUGGCUAUGUGUUUGACAUAAAGACUGGUAAACUGAGCCUUGUUCCUCAGUAA